AGUGCUAUUAAAAUCGCAACAGGGUGGCAGCACUACAUAACGGUGCCGCGGCAUUUUUAUUCCCCGUUUCUUUUUGUGCUUCUUUUUCUGCUUCUGUUCUGUUGCUGUUUCGCUGCUUCGGCUUAGCUCGUUCUAAAAUUUGGCUUAAACAACAAGGAGGAUAUAAAUUCUGGAAGACGACUUGGAUCUUGGAUAGGGCCAGAGGAAGGCUAAUUAUACAACAUGUGUGACGCGGCGAAUCAAGCGAAGCCUUGGCGCUUAGCCAGCUUUUCAAUGGAAUCUUAUGGCAAUGGCAUACCGGCACUCAGUCUGCUGCAUCAGGAGAUUGAGCAGUUUUACAAUUAUAUCCAAUCCACAGCGACGGAGUUCUAUCUGCGCGCCGAAGCAGUGCGCUGCAUUGAAGAUGUGCUGGUUUCCAUAUGGCCAGGGGCCAUUGUCGAAGUAUUUGGCUCGUUUCGCACUGGCCUGAAUUUGCCGCUUUCGGACAUAGAUCUCGUCGUGCAAAACCGAAGGAGCUACUGGUACAAUCCGCCACUGCACGAACUGGAGAGUGAGCUUGUGGCGCGCGGCGUCGCGGAUCCGCACACAGUCAACGUGGUUGAAACGGCCGCAGUGCCCGUAGUCAAGUUUACGGAGCGCGUGUCGCAAAUCAAAUUCGACAUCAGCUUCAAUGUUGGAUCCGGUGUGAAGGCGGCCGAACUGAUCAAGGACUUUAUACGCCAGUUUCCGGAUUUGCCAAAGCUUGUGAUGGUCCUCAAGCAGUUCCUGGCCAUGCGCGGUCUGAACGAAGUCUACCGCACGGGCGGAAUCUCCUCCUAUGCCAUUACCCUAAUGUGCAUCGGCUUUCUCCAGCACCAGGCGCAGUCCAACAAGAAGUACAACAAUACCAACAGGCUGGGGAUGUUGCUACUGAAGUUCCUGGAGUACUAUGGACGUAAAUUCGACUUCAACAAGUGUGUGGUUUCGGUGCUCGGCAAUGGAGGCUGCCACACAAAGGAACACCUCAGAUCUACCAUGGGCAACUACAACUGGCAGUCAUUUUUGAGCAUUCAAGACCCCAUCACACCGACCAACGACAUUGGACGCAGCUCGUACGCAGCCGUGAGUGUUAUGCAAAUAUUUGAAGCUGCCUUCCAGAAGCUUUCUCGCCUGGUGGACCUCGACCCGACAAAGAUAACUGGACCCAUUCUCGACUGCAUUGUGGAUGUCCCCCAGCAGGUGAUCAAUCACAGACAGUGGGUGCACUUCAAUUUCCAUCAUCUGGUGAGUUCCGCCAGCUCUUCUGGGCCGCCGUCUCCGGGGAAAAUACUGAAACGGAGACGCAGUACCACGUCCACAGUAGAGGACGAACAGAGUGACGGCAAUGUGAAUGCUCCCAAUAUGUUAGAAUGCUAAAAAAGUGUAAUUUAUUUAUUUUUCUUUAAG